AUGGCUCCACAAGCAAACGUUACUCCGGCACCUUCGUCGCAAGCAGAAGAAGCGGCGUCGUUGGAGGCGCGUGUGGACAACCUCGACCAAGCUUCCGCAAAUCUGUUCAAAAUGAUGGGUACGAUGAUGGAAAGCAUGAACCAAACAAACCAGAUUGCAAAAGAGAACCAGAUCCAAAUGGGUCAGAUGAUGAAAGCUUUAUUUGGUGGAAAUGGAAGUCGCGAGAACACCCCCGUGGUGGAGGAGAGCGCUUACACGGCGAGACAGGUUCAGGCGAUGAGCUUCACGACGCCUAAAGAAAAAGGGCGAACUGAAGGAAUCUUACCGCUGCCUGCCUUGUCCUUGCCGUUUAGGUCUCCUGAUGAGACUGCAAACGGUGGAAAGACGGAGAUCAAGGAGGCGUCACCGAGACAGAAGCUGGACUCGCCGGGUAGGAAAAUGGAUCUUCCGGUGUAUGAAGGGCAGAACCCGGAAGACUGGAUUUUUCGGGCUGAAAAGUGUUUCCGUGUGAAUCAGACGCCAGAAGAAGAAAAACAUGAGCUUGCUUUGGCUGUAAUGAAAGGACCGGCGGUGACAUGGAUAAGGAACAAUGAGAACCGGGUGGACCUCACAGAUUGGAAAGAUUUCAAGGAUAAGCUUAAGAAAAGAUUUCGACCCACUCGGGGAGGAACCAUUGUGAGCCAGUUGUUGAAGUUAAAGCAAACUGGGGGUAUAGAAGAGUACAGAGAAAGGUUUGAGGAGUUGUCAGCUGAAGCUCCACAUGUCUCUCUUGAAGUGUUGGAAGGUAUGUUCUUGAAUGGUAUGAGAAAGAGUUUACAGGAUCAGGUGGUGAGGUAUAGACCUGUAGGAAUGGAUGAGAUUGUGGACACGGCAAAAAUCAUUGAAGAACAAGAGCAGGAGAGGAUGAACUAUGGGUACAAAACUGUGGCGAGGACCUACUCAGCUCCAACCUUGGCUCAAUCCAACUCGCAGUACUCCCCUCAACAGAGUCCAAAAUCCGGUGGAGAGAUUGUAACUGCUAACAGGCCGUUUAAUGGACGUGACAACCGUAAAUCAGUGAUCAACCCGUGUAGAAAUUGUGGAGAGAGAUAUUUUGCGGGUCAUCGAUGCAGAACGGCGCAAAAAUUCAAAUGUUUGGAGAUAGAAGAGGAUGAAUCAGGGGAGAUGGUUGAAGCCAGAAAUGGUGAAGAAGAAGGAUCCCCAGAAGAACAUGUGGAAGGUCAGACCAUGGAACAGCUAUCCCUUUGUUCUAUGGUAGGCAUUAAGGCAGCUAAGUCCCUGAGGCUGAGAGGAAAGAUUCAAGAAGCUCAAGUAGUGGUGCUUAUUGACUCUGGGGCUACUUGUAAUUUCAUCUCAAAGAACUUUGCACUCAAAAACAAGCUGAAGGUGACAGACACAAACAAGUUUGGGGUGUGUGUAGGUAAUGGAGAGAUCAUUUACAGCAAGGGAAAGUGCAAUGGAGUGGUUUUAGCAGUACAAGGAGUUGAGAUAGUCGACGAGUUUUUGUUAUUCGACUUAGGUACUACGGAUGUGGUGUUGGGAUAUUCAUGGCUAGCCACUCUAGGGGACACCAAGGUGAACUGGAAGUUACAAACGCUCGGGUUUAAGCUCCUUGAUGAGUGGGUAACGUUGGUAGGAGAUCCAAGUCUUAUCAGGGAACAAGUCUCUUUAAAAUCCUUGCAGCUUAGAAUGAAAGGGGUCGAGUUGGUAUGCUUACUGGAGUUGACAACACUGUUUGAAGGAGAAGUAGCAGAGAAGUCAACACCAGAUUCGGUCUUACUUAGUAAGUUGCUGAGAGGAUACCAGGAUGUAUUUCAGAUGCCGAAGGAGCUACUGCCUACCAGGAAUCGUGAGCAUUCGAUCACUCUUAAGGAAGGUAGUUCACAAGUCAAUGUGAGGCCAUACCGGUAUUCCUACACCCAGAAGAAUGAGAUAGAGAAGCUAGUGCAAGAAAUGCUAGAAGCAAGGAUAAUCCGGCCAAGCAUUAGCCCCUUUUCAAGCCCAGUCUUGCUAGUCAAGAAGAAGGACGGAGGAUGGCGGUUUUGUGUUGACUACAGGGCCUUGAACAAGGUAACAGUGGCAGAUAGAUACCCGAUACCUGUGAUUGAAGAGUUGCUGGAUGAGCUACAUGGCGCUACCAUCUUCUCAAAACUUGAUCUGAAAUCAGGUUAUCAUCAGAUAAGGGUAAGGGAAGCUGACGUGGAGAAGACGGCUUUUAAGACGCAUGAAGGGCAUUACGAGUUCCUAGUAAUGCCAUUUGGUCUUACUAACGCGCCUGCAACUUUCCAAUGUGUGAUGAAUGACAUGUUUCGACCAUAUCUCCGGAGAUUUGUCUUAGUCUUUUUUGACGACAUAUUGAUAUACAGUGCAAACGAAGCAGAGCACUCUAAGCAUUUGGGCAUGGUGUUACAUGUGCUGAGGAAGAAAAAGUUCUAUGCUAAUGAGAAGAAAUGCACGUUUGCAAGGGCUUGGCCUGGGCAUUCGGAUAUCCAUUCGGAUUCGGGUUCGGAUCUUCGGAUCUUCGGAUGUUCGGAUAUAGACAUAUAG